UUUGAAGUCUCGCCGGACGUGUCCAAUGUAGCAGCAUUAGCUUGCAGUCGUUGUUCAAAAGAGUUACCUCGGGUGCCAGAGUCCAGCUUUACGGGCAUUCUGUCACGCACUGAGUGCAAAGACGUGGCUACUUCACUCGAGUAAACACGAUGCGUGGGGUUUGUCAGUGGCACCAACUCAUUGACGGUUCUAAUGUUAGCUGUCGUGGCUAACUAACCAGCUCGUUAGUCAGUUAGCUUCCCGUAGCUUUGCAGUUGUGCGAGUGCUUGCUAGGUAUUUUUUAUUUUAUUUUUUUUCCUCCCUCCCACCAAAUUUAAAUCCACAAUGUCUCAGUUCGUGGAUCCGGACGAAAACACCCCCUUACUCCGGGAUGAACCAAGGAGUGAUGACGUCCAUGAUGACGCUUACCAGAGCCGAUGGAGGUCGAUCAGAGUCAUGUACUUCACGAUGUUUCUCAGCAGCGUGGGUUUCACCAUUGUAAUCACGUCGCUGUGGCCGUACUUGCAAAAGUCUGACGACAGCGCAGACGCCACCUUCCUCGGCUGGGUCGUGGCGGCCUACAGUCUUUGCCAGAUGGCGGCGUCGCCCCUGUUCGGCCUGUGGUCCAAUCACCGGCGACGCAGAGAGCCGCUGGUGUGCUCCAUCGUCAUCAACCUGUUGGGCAAUAUCUACUACGCCUACGCUUCCCUGCCAUUGACUGGGAACAAAUACCACAUACUAAUUUCUCGAGCGUUUGUGGGCUUCGGAGCAGGUAAUGUUGCCGUAGUGAGGUCAUACGUGGCCGGAGCCACGUCGCUGAAAGAGAGGACGAACGCCAUGGCCAACAUGAGUGCCUGUCAAGCCUUGGGGUUCAUCCUCGGACCAGCUCUGCAGGCCUGCUUGUCGUUCCUCGGGGAACUGGGUUACACGGUGGAGUUCAUUGACCUGAAGCUCAACAUGUACACUGCUCCGGCUUUACUGGCCGCCGUCUUUGGCGUCAUCAACAUCUUGUUGGUGCUCUUGGUGCUCAGGGAGCACCGCAUCGAUGACGACGGAAGAUGCAUUCAACCCAUCAACUACCUCCCGGAAGAUGAGGUGGACAUCAUGGACGACCCGGAGGAAACCAUCGAUCACUUAGCUGUUUUUACCUCCAACGUCCUCUUCUUCAUCGUCAUGUUCAUUUUUGCUGUCUUCGAGACGAUCGCCACGCCGUUGUCCAUGGACAUGUUCGCAUGGACGAGGAGAGAGGCCGUUUUCUACAACGGCAUCAUCAUCUGCGGCAUCGGCUUUGAAUCGAUCCUGGUGUUUCUGGCGGUAAAAGUGGCCGCUCAGAGGGUUGGUGAUCGUCCGGUGCUACUCGCAGGUCUGGCCAUCAUAUUCUGCGGCUUCUUCAUCCUGCUACCCUGGGGAAGCCAUUACCCCAAAAUCCAGUGGGCAGACCUUAAAAACAACUCAUUGGUGAGUCAGUUGUCAUCCAACAGCUCAUUUGAGCCCACGGGUUGCCCAUAUGACCAGACCUGGUGUCAGUACACCCCCGCCAUCUACCUGGCUCAGUACAUCACCUCGGAUUUCCUCAUCGGAGUGGGCUAUCCAGCUUGCAACGUCAUGUCCUACACACUUUAUUCCAAGAUCCUUGGACCCAAACCUCAGGGUGUGUACAUGGGCUGGCUGACAGCGUCGGGGAGCGGCGCACGGACUCUGGGCCCUGUGUUCAUGUCCCACGUGUACACGCUCCUCGGCCCUCGGUGGGCCUUCAGUAUCAUCUGCGCUCUGGUGGUGGCGGCCAUCUUCCUCCUCAGCUGCGUCUACCAUAGACUCAUCGCUUUUUCCGUGCGUCACGGAAGGACGAUAGAAUGAGGCGGCACUUUCCUCACUGGACCAAUCCAAGGACCAAAAAAAAAAAAGAAAAAAGAGUUUGAAAGGGAGCGUGUGAACUAGGCAUCUAGAUUGGCCAUCCGUUUUCAAUCGACUUACGACAUAUUUGUUACUGAUACACUAUUACAUGUUUUACUCAAUUCCAUUUUUAAUGAAAUAACGUGUAUGAACUGAAUGAUAAUGCAUGUUUUAAUGUCACAGGCGCAUUCACUGGUUAAAAAAUGUGACCUAAUAGUAAUGUGAAAAUAUGUACGAUAAAAGCUUUUCUUUUUUCUUUUCUUUUUUUUAACAGCGACUGAUGGACGUUUAAGCAAUUCCCACAUUGAAGCUAUUUUUAAUACAUUAAUACCAUCAGGAUGCUAUGAAUAUGUUUUAAAAUGUGUGUAUUUGAAUGAUAGAGAUUUAUAUUUUAUUUCGAUGAAUACAGUAUAUGCUGAAUGCAA